AUGGCAGAAUUUAGUGGCUUGUUGAGCUCCCGGUCAUUCUUGAACAUACUGAAUAGCUCAGGAAAAAAGAUCACCUUUCAGGUUGUGCUGAAAUAUCUAUGGAGUCGGCUUCUUCGACUUCAGCCACUCCACAUGUAUUCUGUGUGUCUUUUAGUUGGGCUGUAUUCUGUGUCUCCUUGGAGAGCAUUAUGGGAGUUCUCGAAACUUGAGGUGGAUAACUGUAGACAAGUGUGGUGGACCAAUCUAUUGCUGAUCAACAACUUCAUCACUGGAUCCAAGUCUUGUAACGGAUGGACAUGGUAUCUUGCCAGUGAUUUCCAGUUUUAUUGCACAACACCUCUGCUGGUAUUUUUCUCCACCAGAGCUAAACACUGGCUUAUCGUGUUAGUGACCUUGCUCUUCCUGGCCACGUUUACAGUGACAGCCCUUCUGUCUUCACUCUACAGACUUCCUGUUGCGAAUCCACAUGAUAUGAGGAAAACGUCCACUGUGAUGUAUUUCACAGAAUAUUAUUCAAAACCUUAUUGCCGAUAUGGACCAUUUCUAGUUGGUAUUCUUCUAGGACUUUUCAUCUACCACAAGCAAACACCAUUCCUAAGAAGCAAGGUACAAGCAUCUGUUGGGUGGCUUUCUGCAAUGUUUUCCAUGUUCAUGGUGGUUGCUUUGGCCUAUACGUUGGAAGACACCUCCAGUUCCUAUUCGCCAGCUGUAGCUCUAUACCAAGCCCUUCACCGGACAGUUUGGGCGAUGGCUGUGGGUUGGAUGAUUUUUGCAUGCGAAGAAGGCUAUGGAGGUUUCAUCAAUGAGAUCCUGUCAUGGGGCAUUUGGACUCCUGUUGCGAAGAUCAGCUAUGCCUGCUACUUGGUGCAUCCAAUGUUAAUUCUCCUGUAUAAUGGACUUCAGGAAACUUUCAUGCAUUACUCAGACAUCAACAUGCUCUACCUGUUCCUUGGACACUGCCUGACAACACUCAUGGUUGGAUUGGCAUUGACGGUGAUGGUUGAGAUGCCUUUUCAAGAGUUAAAGCGUUCAUGGGCUCACAUGCACCAAGAAGUGGUUCACUUGUAAAGGAAGAAACAGAAGGAGGGCGACAUCUUUAAAAAGAAAACAGAGUCCCAUUCUAUUCUUUCCCUUUGAAGAAAAGUCUGUAUAAUAUUGAUCAGAAAUCUUGCCCACAUUGCGUUCAGCUCUUCUGUACUGAGAAUUAUCUC